AUGAAAAGAAUCAGCGACGAGCUAAAUGCAAAAGUCGAUAUCGCUGAUAUCGAAAAGAUAUUCGCAACUAAUAUCAGAAAUACGAUAGAAACUAUUGGCCUAUCAGCUGCUUUACAUUCGGCAAUUACGAAUGGAAGAUCAUACGAGAUUGUAAUCGGAUUACUAGAAGAAUAUUCGGAAACAAUAAAGGAUGCACUCACUGAUUUUCGAAAUAUCGAGCCGACCCUUCCUACGCAAUCCUUGUGCACUUCUCCGUUAAAUGAUUCGGUCCAAUUGCAUCGCAGCAGAUUAUCCAGAUCAUCUCGUUCUCGAUUGGCGGUGAAGAGAAAUAGUCCAGAUGCUCAUGUCAGCAAGAGUCUCGAUUUCUCAAUGAUUGAAUGCGAUCGCAAAGCUUCUCCAAGAGCCGAGAUUUUGGAGUUUCAAUCAUUUGUUGAUGAUACGAUUAUGAUGGACGAAUCAACGAAUAAUCGAGGAUUUAUGGCAGAUAUCUCUGGAAAUAUUGAAACAACAAUUCAUCGCAGAUCUGAUUCCACUUUGAGUUUCGGCUCGCUGUCGACUGUGUUGUCUGUUGGAUCCGACGACUUGAGAAAUCUCGAUUUCCAAAUUGAAAAGGAAACUACUGAAUUUGCACAGCUAUUAAAUGGAGGAUCUUCUAAAGAGAACGCUCAACAACAAAAUUCAUUAAUGGAAUGGAACAGAAUACGUCGAAAUUAUCCGUUAGAGACAUUUGUCAACGAUGACGAAUUAAAAACACCAAAACCAAGAAAAAACACAAUGAAUUCUGAUGAAGAAAUGACACCACGAAAUAUUUGGAAUGUCCAAUUGCGUUCGGGAAGCAAUCGAAAAGUAAAAAUUCGCCGUGAAUUGCAAAGACAGUUAAACGAAGAUGAUGUUGAAUGCAAAGUUGGCGGGACGGGUCUUGCAAUUAUUUGGAGUAGUGUUCCUCUUGAAUCACACAAAUCAAAAACGGACAAAUCUGGAGCAAAGUCAUUAUGUCAAAUUCGUUUGCAAGCUGGUGCGAACUGCUGCCGCUGGUCGAUGGAUGGCACGAAAUUCGCAAUUGGAUCCGAUGACUCUUCUGUGUCUGUAUAUACAUUCUUAGGACGUGUGAAUUCGGCUGGAAGUGUUCUAGGCACGAGUGGAGGAAGUGUCGAAAGAUAUAAAGAAUGUGCUAUGCUGAGAACUCAUAACAUGGAAGUUUUGUGUGUCGAAUGGUCGCCAAACGGCAAAUAUCUAGCAAGUUCUUCGAUGGACAAUACAAUUUGCAUUUGGAAUGCCAAAAAUUUCCAUGAGAAAAUUGCUGUUCUCCGUGGACACGACAGCGCUGUGAAGGGAAUUUCUUUCGACCCGAUUGGCAAAUAUCUUGCCUCUUUGUCAGCAGAUAAAUCGCUGAAACUAUGGCAAACUGAUAAUUGGCAAUGUCAUACAACUAUCACAAAACCAUUUGAAGGAAGCAGCCAAACAACGAUGUUCUCUCGACUGGAUUGGACUCCUGAUGGAAAAUAUCUUUUGGCGCCAACUGCGACAAACAAUGAUGGUCCGACAGUCCAGAUAAUUGAGCGGCAAACAUGGAGUAUCGAGCGUGAUCUUGUCGGUCAUCGAAAAGCGACAACUUGUGUUCGAGUUCUGCCAAGAAUAAUGUGCUAUUUGCAUAAAAACAAAAAGAUCCAAGUUUCGUGCAUCGCCGUCGGAUCCAGGGAUCGAGCAAUCAGCGUUUGGCUCAUUCCAGGGCUCGACCGUCCCGUUCUCGCGAUUACCCAUCUUUUCAAGCAUUCAGUUAUGGAUCUUUCAUGGUGCGACAACACGUUGUACGCGUGCUCCCAAGACGGCACAAUUGCCGUUUUGUCGUUCAAAGAAUCCGAAAUUGGACAGGCUUUAACAUCGUCGGCAAUGAGCGAUCUUUGCUACAAAUCAUACUGUCUUCGCCCGCCACAAUAUGAAGGAAAUUCGUCGAUGGCUGUCGAUGACGAAACAAACGGGUUUACGGGUCACGAUUCUUCAUUCAAUAAUUCGUUUGUGACAUGUCCUGAGGAUGUUAUUGCAAGAAGAAAGAAAGAGGAAGAAGAAAAGAAAAAGAAUGCUGAGGAGCCGAAUGGGAAAUCGAAGCCUGUGGAAGACGUCCCAAAAAAGGAUGACGUGAAAGCAAACGAAUGUAUUCUAAUAAAAGAGAGAAGCAAACAAGUCGAAGAACGAAAAGACGGAAAACGGAGAAUACAGCCGAUAUUUCUUGGAUCAACAUGCACAGAUGAGCCUUCGUCAUCAAUUAAAUCAGCUGCCGCGCAAGAUAUUCAACAACAACAGGCAAAACGAAGGCGAAUUGAUGAGGAAGAUGGCGAAAGUCUUGAAUCGAGUAGUAGUGAAGAAGAUGAGGAAGAAGAGGAAAUGGAAGUUUCUGGAGAUGAUCGAACAUCCAGCAAAAAGAAAACAAAACAGUUGGAUAAUAAGCAAUCGAAAAUUUUAGCGGUCGAUUUCAAAAAACCGACACUACGGCCAAUCGAGCAGCGAACAAUGAAAAUAACUGAAGGAACUGUUGUCAUGGAUGCACCUGAACCGCAAUCCGCAUUUUUACAGCCUGUACUAAAUCGUAAAAACUUUCAUUUGGAUAUUGAUAACAAAUGGAAACACGGAGGAGUCGAAGUCACAAGUGUUCGAUUGGUGAAACGGAAAACUCAGCCACCUGCAAAUCACGAUUCUAGCGAAUCGAACGCAGCCCCAAAACAGAUCAAUGAUCAGGUGUGGAUGAUAGUUGUUCCUUCGCCCGUUAUCGUCGCAGCAGCCAACAAGAACUAUUGCAUCUUUGGAUGUGGAGAUCGUUGUUUGAGAAUAUAUCGAUUGAAAUGUGCUACCAACAUCGCAUGCCUUUUACUCGACUCGAUUCCAAUUUCUGUUGGCAUUCGCGAGCAUGCUGCCUAUGCUCUGACAGAAUGCGGAAAACUUAGUACUUGGGACCUGCGGAAACCGACUGUUGUUGUAAAUCGGCAGCCAAUUUUCGAAUGUGUCGUCAAAGAUAGUUCUUUGUCGACCCUUGACAUUAGCGAACGCGGUGUACCACUAAUGUCGUUUUCGAAUGGAGCAGUUUAUACGUACGGACUCGAAUUCGGCUGCUGGGAACGCGUUGAUCUAACCACUCAAAUGUAUAGGCUGACCACAUUUGUUGAUGCGAAACAAUUCCCCGAUGGACCACUCGGACGACUCCUGAAGAAAGCACGAAAUAAUAUUGGAUCAUCUCCGAAUGUUGCGAUCAACGUGUCGAGAAGUAUCAAAGAAGCUCAAUUGCAUCAGUGGCUUCAUUGCGCGGAUAUGCUAGGAAAUGCUCAAGAUUAUAAAGGAAUUUUAGCGAUUUACGUGGAACAUUUAUGCGAACAUGGAAAUGAGGAGAAAUUGCGAACUGUGCUCGAUCAGCUGUCCAGUAGUGUCACUCCCAUAUGCGGACUUCGUCGUGGAGCACUUCGAGACGACGUUGCGAAAAUGAUUGAAGCACGUCAUCCGGUGAUUGCUGCUCGUUUACUUACUUCGUAUUCUUCAGAUAAUUUGCCCAAAAAGACCUCUUUGUUUUAG